UACCACAGUACCAACCAACCGGUUAAUGGUAAACGACAGAGACUAUGCUUUGUUGUCUAGUCAUUCUAGAUCUACAGUUUGAUGAUCUAGACUAGAUCCUAGUCCUAGUUUCGAUUCCAACAAGUGUCAAGUGUCACUUUUGUUUUCCAGAUUAUGGGUCUCAGUGUUUACAUUUACUAUUGUUAUCAACUGUAAUUUAUAAAAUAAUUUAAACUUGUAAAAUAAAAUUAUGAGACACAAAAGACAAUGACAAGUCCUGAAGACAGUGUAAUUGUUUUAAAUACCUCAGAUGUUGAUGAAGGUAACCAAGGACGUGACAACAGUACUGAGGAUGAAAAACUUGUCAAGUCGAGACCUAGAAAUAAUUUUCCUUCUUAUUCCAACGAGGACGUCAACGUCAGAUUCAGAGGUAUCAGCUGCAGUAGGAAUGACAGCACAUUCAAUAAUUUAAUUGAAAAUGUAUCAACUCGUCAGUCUAAUAGGAUAAACAAUGGAGUCUUCGAACCUGGAGCGACAAAUUUUUUAUCCGCCAAUUAUGAGAGUCUCGAUUAUGACACAUGCGAAAAUAGUCUGCUGCAAGAUGAGGAGAGGAAGAAGGGAUAUAAAUAUGUAGUUAAAAAAAAUUUUGCAAGAUGGUUUAUAUUUUUGCUGAUUGGAAUUUUGACUGCAUCUAUCGCGUGUUUUGUUGAUAUAUCGAUAGAAGAAUUGUCAGAUGUUAAAUAUGAAACACUGAAGUACUAUGUGGACAAUUGCGUGGCGCGAAAUUGCCUGUGGAUACCGUACCUGAUAUGGGUGAUGGUAAAUAUCGUGAUAGUUUUAAUAGGAGCUGUACUGGUGACUUACGUAGAGCCCGUCGCUGCUGGCAGCGGAAUUCCCCAGGUAAAAUGUUACCUGAAUGGAGUCAAGGUCCCUCGGGUUGUGAGGAUAAAAACGCUGGCGGUAAAAACGCUGGGAGUUAUCAGUACCGUCGUCGGAGGACUUGCUGGAGGCAAGGAGGGACCGAUGAUUCACUCAGGAGCUGUCGUGGCCGCUGGUAUAUCCCAGGGCAAGAGCACGACCUUCAGGAAAGACUUCAAAGUCUUUCAGUACUUUCGGGAGGAUCAUGAGAAGAGAGAUUUCGUGGCCGGUGGAGCUGCUGCUGGUGUUUCAGCGGCUUUUGGAGCUCCAAUAGGCGGAGUACUGUUCAGUAUUGAAGAAGGAACGAGUUUCUUCAACCAAAGUCUGACAUGGCGGACAUUUUUCGCCAGUAUGAUAUCCACAUUCACUUUAAAUAUUAUUCUAAGCGCUUAUCACGGUCAUCCUGGGGAGCUUUCAUACCCGGGAUUACUAAAUUUAGGAAAAUUCGGCACAAUUAACUAUCAAGUUUAUGAGAUUCCGCUUUUUAUGAUGGUCGGAACCUUCGGAGGACUGAUGGGAGCCUUCUGGAAUUAUAUGAACUACAAAAUAACCGUUUUUAGGCUUAAAUACAUUCGCAGAAGAUGGCUGAAAGUAGUUGAAGUUAUCUGCGUCUCCAUAAUGGCCGCAACUAUGGGCUCUCUGAUGAUUUAUUUUCUAAAUGACUGCAAACCUCUUGGACAAGAUCCCACAAAAUAUCCAGUCCGUAUGUUUUGCAAAGAGGGCGAGUACAGUGCCGUUGCUGCUCUGUGGUUCCAGACUCCUGAGAGCACCGUGCGGUCGCUCUUCCACGACCCAAUAGGCUCACACAAUGACGCGACACUAGCAACUUUUGUUUUCCUCUACUUCAUCCUAGCCGUGCUAACUUUCGGCCUAUCAAUGUCUGCUGGUCUCUUUAUACCUUCUCUGCUAAUUGGGUCCGCUUGGGGCAGGCUAAUGGGCUCCGGAUUAACUAAAUUAUUCCCUUCAUGCGGAUUGUUUGAACCCGGAAAAUACGCGCUGCUGGGAGCGGCAGCCCAGCUUGGAGGUGUCGUGAGGAUGACAAUAAGUCUGACAGCGAUUUUAAUAGAAGCCACCCAAGGAAUUUCAUUCGGUCUUCCACUCAUCAUUGUCCUCAUGAUGGCAAAAUGGGUCGGAGACUUUUUCAUCGAGGGCAUAUAUGAUAUACACACUCAAAUGGCAGGAGUGCCAUUACUUCCGUGGGAAGCACCGCCUUUAUCUAACAACAUUUACGUCAGCGAAAUAAUGAGUCAUCCUGUUGUUACAUUGAAGACUACUGAAAAUGUCGGACAUAUCGUUGCUUUAUUGAAAUGCGUUAAAUUCAAUGGAUUUCCUGUUGUCGAUCCGCCGAGUGGCGACCAGAAUGAAAUAAAUUGCUACGGAAGAUUCCGUGGCCUGAUUCUGCGGUCCCAGUUGAUAGUUUUGUUGCUAAAUAAAGUAUUUAAUGAAUACAAUGAAUUUUGGGAAACAAAUUUCUCAUUAAAAAUAUUCCGCGAUGCAUAUCCGCGGUACCCGAGUAUCGACCAAGUAAAUAUCACUGAUGAAGAAAAGACUUAUUCAAUAGAUUUGCGGCCAUUUAUGAACCCGUCGCCUUAUACUCUGCAACACUCGACGACACUUCCCAGGGCAUUUCGACUUUUCCGUGGACUCGGAUUGCGCCACUUACCGGUCGUCAAUGACGAGCACGAAGUAAUCGGAAUGAUCACACGAAAAGAUGUUGCAAGAUACCGGAUUUGGAGGCAUCAAGGCCGUAUGGGUCUCGACGAGCUUCUAAUAACCGAUAAAAUAUGACGUCACAACAA